UAUUCAUUGAAUACCUCACCAUUUUACAGGUGUGAAAAUUACGUUGACAUGAAAAUCGAUUAUUGUAAGCAUAUGUACCAAUAGUUCUCCUGAAUCGAAAAGAUGAACAAGAAAACAGCUCUGAUUGUUUAUGCUCAUCCCGAGCCAAAAUCGUUUAAUUCAGCACUUCGCGACACAGCUGUUAAAAAUCUUAAAGACCAAGGGUAUAAUGUUAUAGUGUCCGAUCUUUACGCACAACAUUUUGAAGCAGUGAUUUCAAAAACAGAUAUUAUAGGUGAACUCGAGGAUCCAAAACAUUUCAAUUAUCCAAAUGAAGUCGGCGCAGCCUAUAAAAAAGACAGUUUGUGCUUAGAUGUCAAACAAGAAAUACAAAAGUUAAAAUUGGCUGACUUGGUUAUUUUCCAAUUUCCAAUGCAAUGGGCCUCAGUCCCAGCUAUUCUCAAGGGUUGGUUUGAGCGUGUUCUUAUCAAAGAUUUUGCAUUCAGCUUUCCAAAAAUGUUAGAUGAAGGACUUCUUAAGGGAAAGAAAGCAGUUUUGUCAUUUACAACAGGAUGUCCAGGUGGAAUGUUUAAACCUAAUGGUUUGCUAGGAGACCUAAAUGUGAUUCUUUGGCCUAUUCAGUAUUGCACACUUCGAUUUUGUGGAUUUGAUGUUCUGAAGCCUCAGUGUUCAUUUUCACCAACGCAUGCCGAUGACAAACAGAGAGAAGAAAUGCUGAAUGCUUGGGGAACUCGCCUAAAGAACAUUCUAACAGAAGAACCAAUAAUGUUCCCAUCGCUUUCUAAUUUUGAUGCACAAAAGUGGUUUGUCAUUUCUGACAAAUAUGUGGAGAAACAAAAGAAUAAAGAAGUCGGACCAUCUGUUGGACAUCAUCUGGGCAGAAAAAUGCCACUCUGAAUACAGAUGUUAAUACAAAUAUU